UGGAUGUACACAGUGAAGUGAUAGUCUGUGCGUAUAUAUUCGUUAUAUUUUUUUCCAAGGAAUGUUUUUGCCUAACAAAUGGAUGUAGUGGCAAUGGAGAAUGGUCAGUUUAUGACCGCCAGUGCUACAGUUGUAUAGCAAAUGCAGUUUCCUGGCAAUCUGCCAGAUCAUCGUGUCAGCAAUCAGGGGCGGAUCUUGUUACUAUCAACAAUGCAGGGACACAGUCCUUUUUAGAAAAAAUUUGCCCCAACACAAGACAUUGGAUUGGACUGAACGAUAUGUCAAGUGAAAACGAUUUUGUCUGGGUUAAAGAUUCAACGCCAGUGUCCUACUCAAAUUGGAACACCGGCGAGCCAAAUAAUGCCGGAGGAGAUGAAGACUGUGUGCAUAUUUUGGAGAAUAUAUAUGAGUGGAAUGAUUUAAACUGUGCAUCGACAAACCCUUACAUCUGUCAGAAGCCUCAGGAUAUCGACUAUUGUGCAGAAAUACCAUGUCAGAACAAUGGAACUUGUAUAGAUCUGCUUAAUGAUUACAAUUGUAUUUGCAUGGACGGGUUUAAUGGAGCUAACUGUACAAAUAAUAUUGAUGACUGCCUACCCGAUCCUUGUAAAAACAACGGAACAUGUACAGACCUGGUCAAUGAUUACCAAUGCGGUUGUGUGGCAGGAUUCAAUGGAAGGACUUGUGAAAACAAUAUUAAUGAUUGCCUACCAAAUCAUUGUCUUAACAAUGGAACUUGUACAGACCUGGUCAACGACUACCACUGUGAUUGUGUGGCAGGGUUCAAUGGAACAAAUUGUGAAAACAAUAUCGAUGAGUGUGCAGUACAACCUUGUCAGAAUAAUGGAACUUGUAUAGACCUGAUCAAUGAUUACCAGUGUAUCUGUAUAGAUGGGUUCGAUGGUAAAAAAUGUACAAAUAAUAUUGAUGAGUGCCUACCAGAUCCUUGUCACAACAAUGGAACAUGUAUUGAUCUUGUCAACGACUACCACUGUCAUUGUGUGACAGGAUUCAAUGGAACAAAUUGUGAAAACAAUAUAGAUGACUGCAUGCCAAAUCCUUGUCAAAACAACGGAACCUGUACAGACCUGGUCAACGACUACCGCUGCGAUUGUGUGGCAGGUUUCAACGGGACAAACUGUGAAAAUAAUAUCGAUGAGUGUGCAGUACUACCUUGUCAGAACAAUGGAACUUGUAUAGACCUGAUCAAUGAUUACCAGUGUAUCUGUAUAGAUGGGUUCAAUUGGAAAAAUUGUACAAAUAAUAUAGAUGACUGCAUGUCCGAUCCUUGUCAAAACAACGCAACCUGUUCAGACCUAGUCAACGACUACCACUGUGAUUGUGUGGCAGGAUUCAACGGGACAAACUGUGAAAACAAUAUCGAUGAGUGUGCAGAACAACCUUGUCAGAACAAUGGAACUUGUAUAGACCUGAUCAAUGAUUACCAAUGUAUUUGUAUAGAUGGGUUCAAUGGGAAAAAUUGUAAAAACAAUAUUGACGACUGUCUACCAGAUCCUUGUGAAAACAAGGGCACUUGCACAGAUCUUGUCAAUGACUACCAAUGUAAUUGCAUGCCGGGAUUCAAUGGGACAAAUUGUGAAAACAAUAUUGAUGACUGCCUACCCAAUCCUUGUAAAAACAAUGGAUCUUGUACAGACCUGGUCAACGACUACCAAUGUGAUUGCGUUUCUGGUUACAAUGGAAUAAAUUGUGAACACAACAUCGAUGAGUGUGAAGUUCAACCAUGCCAGAACAAUGGAACUUGUAUAGAUCUAAUUAAUAAUUACCAAUGUUACUGUACGGAUGGAUAUAAUGGAACGAACUGUACAACUGAUAUUGAUGAGUGUGCAACUCAGCCAUGUCAGAACAAUGGAUCUUGUCUAGAUAUUGUCAAUGGUUAUCGGUGUUUUUGUACCAAUGGGUUUACUGGGAAGAACUGUGCAAAUGAUACAUAUAUUCUACAAGUACUUAACUUUGAAAGCAGCAGCCACGUAUUACAUGAAGGAAAAUCUGUCUGGUUUAAAUUAGAAUUAAGAAGUAAAACGAUGUAUGAGGUCCAAUGGUUUCAUACUGGAUACUUGAUUGCUAAUCCAUCAAGAAGAUACAAAGUGACGUCACUUGAAACAGAAAAUAACACAUCAAUACAUAUAUUGCACAUUGCAAACGUUUUACAGCGAGAUAUGGGAACAUGGAAAAUCACAGUGUCAAAUACUGUGACAAAUUCAUCAAGGAAUUUGACUCUUAAAGUUAUUCCUAAAUUGAUGCUUAAAAUGAACCCAGAAUACGACUUCUCAAUAUUGAGGGGUGAGGAAAUAAGUCUUCAGUGUACAGUUACAAAUCCAGAGGCUUUGUUGGAUGUCACCAAUGGAAGUCUUGUUAUGACAAAGGAUGGAUCUGCAUUACCAGAUGUUGAUAUUUCAUAUUUUUCAACAACAUGGAAGAAGUAUGCAGGAAUGGAAGUUGAUUCUGGAAGAUAUACAUGCACACACUCUGGUUACCAUGUUCCUGUGAAUGUUUCUGUGUAUGUAACUGUCAUUCAACCUGAACAAAAGAGAUGUGAAAGUGAAUGGUCAGAAGGUGUACUCUGGAAUGCUACACUUGCUGGAACAACUAAACAGGAACCUUGUCCAUCAAAACAGAAAGGAACUGCAACGAGAUAUUGUAAACCACUUGGAAUUUGGGCAUCGCCUAGCCUUAUCAAUUGCACAACGGAAGCUUUAACGAACGCAUCAUUACAAUUGGAUAGUUUAAUGGAAGAUGGUAUUCAAAAUACCGACAAGGUGCAAGAGACAGUCAACAACACCUUACAGAUGAUGAAAAACCUUACAUCGUCAACCAAUGAACUCAGUGCUGGGGAUCUGAGCUCCUCUAUGGACAUCUUAGAGAAAAUUGUUGACGUUUCCAACACAACAGGGUCUACUAUCGAGAAAGAGGUGUUUUAUGCUGUUAUUGACAACGUUUUAUCAGUUAAUAAUUCCAAAUCGUGGACAACAGUCAGUGAAAAGACCCAAAAAGACGCAAGCUCUAUCCUGAAGAAUAUGGAACGGCUUAGUGAAGUUGUAUUUCGAAGCGAGAAUAUUACGGCAACACAGUUCAGGGGCUCGAAUUUUGAGCUUACGAUUAACCAAACAAAAAUAGAUGAAUCUGGACUACGUUUCCCUGAUUUAUCAACAAAUAACCUUUCUGGAAGUUCCGAACAAACUCCGACUUACUUCGUAUUGCCAAACCAAGACUCGAAAACAGAAAAAGCAAUCAACUAUGUAGCGGUUAUAUAUAAAACAAUGUCAAAUAUUUUGCCAUCUGACUCUGAUAGCAGGGGUCAAAUCAGAAGGGACCUGGAUCAGACAACUACGAAGGAAGAAUUUGUCAAUUCUCCAAUAUUGUCCCUUACAACACAAAAUGAUCUAGGGGUUUUGAUUCCACCUCUAAAUCUUACGUUUGGACACGUCAAUAUUAACGAAUCUAGUAAUAUGCAAGCGGUAUGUGUUUCUUGGGAUUUUACCAAAAACAAAUGGACAGAAAGAGGAUGUAAAAUGAACCAAAGUGACAAUAAAAGAACAGUUUGCCAGUGCAACCAUCUAACUAACUUUGCCAUUUUGAUGAGACCAUAUUCUCCUGCGACAGAAGACAAACAAUCGUUGAAAACGAUGUCCCUGGUUGGAGUGAUUCUCUCCAUAUUCUUUACAGCUCUUACUUGUGUUAUCUACAUCAUGACGUGGAGAUAUAUCAAAAGUGACCAAAACAUUCUCCUGUUAAAUCUCUGUGGAACGUUGAUUGUAUCCUACAUGAUUUUUAUAUCCGCUGUGGAACAGACAGGAAAUGAGGGUGCCUGCAUUGCAAUUACAGCAAUAAUUCACUAUCUUUUCCUGGUCACCUUCUUCUGUAUGCUAGGAAUGGGAGUCUAUUACUUCAUGAGUAUUACAGUCACGUACUACGCCAUGUACGUGGCAAACAACUUCAAGUCUAUAUCAAGGGUUCACUGGUUUCUCUUAACUAUAUAUGGUCUUCCUGUCAUUAUUACAACAACAACUCUUGGAGCGUUCUGGGGAAAAGAUUAUCACCUUAAAUAUUAUUGCUGGCUGUCGCCAAAAAGCGGUUCCCUCUACUUGUUUAUCAUUCCCGUUUGUUUAAUUAGCAUGUUUAACUUACUGAUAAUUGUUUCACUGGUGAGAGUACUGUGUGCAUCGAGCGCAAUGAUGAAAUCCUCACUUCAGAAAAAAGCAACGUCCGGUUUACGAUCCCUUGGAACACUUUUACCAGUGCUAGGUGUAACCUGGCUAUUCGGUAUUCUGGCUGUUAACGAAAAGGCUGAUGUGUUUCAGUAUAUUUUUGUCAUUGCAAAUUCAUUGCAGGGGUUUUUCAUAUUUGUUUCGCACGUGCUGUUGAAUAAAAAGGUGAUGCAGGGUUUAAAGAACAGAUAUCCAGUCUUAACUACCCUUAUUAGUAUCACUGAACACAGCAAAACCGAAACCACUUCUGUAUCGCACAGUCAGUCAUCAUCUAAAUCCAAUGCUUUGUUGUUCACAAUGAAAAAAAAGGGUAUAUUUGAAAGACUUCGAAAUAAAACCGUCAAAAAAUCGAACUCAGUUUUGACAGAAAAAACAACAUCCACUGAUUGUUGUUCAAGUGUUUCUCACGAAAAAAGCUUAGUGAUGUCUGAAUAUGAAUCUACAAACAACACGUUAAAACUGAUAUCAGAGGAAGAGAACACGAGAGGACGAUUUUGGUUUUCAUUUAGUCUGAACCCGUGGAAGAAAAAAUACACAGUGACAGAGAUGUGAAAAGUUAAAAAAAAAUCAAACGCAGAAUGAAAUGCUUUUUUGAGUGGUUAGGUGCAUGUAUAUGACCAUUAUAAACAAACGUAAUUUCAUUACUGCGUUUUGAAGAUAAAAGAUAAAUACGAAUGCUCUUUCUAUAUGAUCUUAGACAAAGUUAGAAAGACAUAUAUUUAUCGCCCUUAUAGUUUAUAAGUUUGUUUUCUUGAUCCAAAUGAUUGUUUAAUGUUAUGAGUUGAAAGACGGAUUUCUUCUAAAAUGUGUAAAAAUUGUUUCAUUAGAUAUACAUUAACCUCUUAAUUGUGCAUUUGAAUCUAUUUAUCUUUUAACAUUUUAGUUCUAUGUCAAUAUUUUUAUGGGGUAUUAAGAUGAUAAAAAUAGGGCAUUUAGCUAAAGUUAAAAACUAUUUUUAGUUCAAAGUCUAGUAAAGGAACUUACACAUUAAAGAAAUCUAAAAAGGAACAACUUUAUCGUUGAUGCUUCAUAACAAUUGCUAGAAAAUAUACCUUAAUUACGGGGGUUUUUUUUUGUGUCACAUAAUUUGCAAAAGGCCACAUCAAUAUACUUACUUGUUCUUCGGACCCCGCGAAAUAAUUUUAUUUUUAAUUAUUUUCUGCAUUCGGGAAAUUAUGCGCUGUUUUCUGUUCUAUUUCCGCUCUAUUUUUUUUUUUGGUAUUUUAAUUAAAUUUAAUACAUAAAUCAGAAACAGGUAGAACAAUAUCGUCCACACAAAUUUAUUUAUGUAACGCUAAAAAAUUGCAUACAAAUAAAAAUAAUUUUAUCAUUAAAUCGCUAGGCAAUGCUAUCGUUACCAGUUCUUUCGAUCAUCACAAAUAUUACUGGAUAUAAUGUACGCCUUACCUUAGCUGUCAGAAGAACACAAUUAAAGAAAAUCACUAUCAAAUAUGAGUUAUCUUCCAAAGCAAAAAGAAAGAUACAUAUUCAGAAUGCGCACGGACUCUAUAGAAACGAAAAUGUUAACCUCUUUUUUGAAUGACAUAAAAUAUUCGGAGUACAUUUAAAAUACUUUUAUCAAAAUAUUUGUCCAAUUUUCAUUUAGCCGUACAGUAUGUGAUAAAAAGAUGCAUAAUCAAUUAUAGCGUCCAAAUAGAACUAGCGACGAAACACCACUCAAAAAGUAUUUACCAGCUUAGGACCAUGAGUGAAUUAUAGUUCUUUGUUAUAUCAGAAAUAAAUUAGUUAAUGCUACGUCUCAAAGAAAAUAUGAAAAGCGUUACAAAACAACUCAAUACGUACUCGAAAAGUCACUGAAUUAACCAUAAUUUGCAUACUUGUGUUACAUUAGUUUAUUGCAAACAAUUUUAAAUGAUGUAAGAAUGUUCUACUAGUAUUAAGUUGAAACGUUUAAUAGCCUUUGGAAAUGACCUUUUAUAAUUCUAGUCUACAUCGUCAGUUGUUUCCCUUCCUUACUUACAUACACAUAUGUUUUUGUAUCAAUGAUUUUAUUCUAAUAUCACCUUAUUUAUAUGUAAUUAAUAUGGUGUAUUUUAUUGCUUUGGGUUAUAUCUUUUUGCUAAGACUAAAUGUAUUGUAUAUAUUUUGAAAAAUGCUUUUUAUCUGUGAAUAUAGGGGAUCAUUAUAUAGAUAAGUCGCCUUUAUUUUGUGAGAAUACUUUUAGUCUGAUCCCCUAUCAUUUUUUGAUAUUCAAUUUUCAUUAGUUUUGUCA